UAAUGGGCCAGGAGCAGCUCACGGUUGUGUUGCGCGUUGCGGAAUGAAUUUCGGGGUUUUAUUUCGGCAGCAAAUGUAACCCCAAACCAAGCGACACGGCAGAAACAAACAAACAAAAAAACAACAGUUCGUCCUCAACACAAACCACAUCGAAUUUUUGUGCUUAAGCUUGUUUCUAUAGUGCGUACGUUUCUGUUACGAACGGGAAGAGUAGUUGGCCAUGUUGUACAAAUGUUGUUAUUAGUGAAGACACCGUAGAGAGCGAGUCGAAGCAAAGUGCGAAGAAGGCGACUGUUGCCCGUUUAGCCCGGAUACGAGUUCUUGUUAGAGUUAUUAUUAUAUAUACAUAUAUAUACACACAAAAUUAUACACCAUAUAUACAUAUAUAUACAUAAACACAAAUACGCGCACAAGCACAUAUUACCUAGGCUACGGACACACACGCAUUAGGCCCCGCAUCCUCGUGCUGCACCACCGCCGUGUGUGAACUCAUAAAUAGCCGAAGAAAUAAAGGACUUCGCCCCAAGGCGCGGGCGGGCGGGCCGGCGGUCGAAGCGAACGCGUGCGUGCCAGGCAAAAAAAAGAAACUAACCCUCGUGAAGCAACGAACCAAAAAACAAAAUCCGAGCAAGAUGGGGGAAAUGGAUAGGAAUAAUAAAAAAAUUCUCCAAAACAUCAAGAUGCCCGAGCAAAGCAACGACUACCGAGUGGUGGUGUUCGGUGCCGGCGGUGUUGGGAAGAGCUCGCUAGUCCUGCGAUUCAUCAAGGGCACGUUCCGGGAGAGCUACAUUCCUACGAUUGAGGACACGUACCGGCAGGUCAUCAGCUGCAAUAAAAACAUAUGCACGCUCCAGAUCACCGACACGACCGGGUCGCACCAGUUUCCGGCGAUGCAACGGUUGUCCAUUACGAAGGGUCACGCGUUCAUACUGGUGUACUCGGUGUGCUCGAAACAAAGCCUCGAGGAGCUGCGGCCAAUCUGGAGCCUGAUCCGGGAGCUGAAGGGUGAGGAAAUCUCUCAGAUCCCCGUAAUGCUGGUGGGCAAUAAGUGUGACGAAAGCGAAGACCUGCGGGAGGUGACCAACAUCGAGGGCCAAACCGAAGCGGCCACCUGGGGUGUAUCGUUUAUGGAGACGUCUGCCAAGGAGAACCACAAUGUGACCGAACUGUUCCAGGAGCUGCUAAACAUGGAGAAGAACCGCAACGUGUCCCUGCAGCUCGACGGGAAAAACAAGAAGAAAAACAAGAAGAAGAUGAUGAAGGAGCAGGCCAAGGAGGAGAAGCUGCUGAAGGAGAAGAAGGAGAAGCAGAUGCAGAAGGGCAAGGAGAAAGACAAGGACAAGGAAAAACAGGCCAAGGAUAAGGACAAAGCCAAGGACGGGAAAGACAAAACGGGAUCCAGCAACGCACAGCAAUCGGGCGCGGCGGCGGGAGCGGGGGCGGGAGCGGCCGCAGGUGGCGAGGGGAGCGGUACACUAAAGGAGAAGUGUAAAGUGAUGUGAAAACCGGGCGUGACAGAACGGCCGAAACGGCAGCAUGUACCGAUCACCGGCAAGGACUGCCGUGGUGGUAUGCUUCCUACGCACCAAAUGGCUAGACGCAGCGGAUAAGCCCGCGCGGAACCGAAACUCGUUACAUUCUUGAUAUUAUAUUUGAAACAACCACACAAAACACACAAACCAACCAAAUGAAGCCGAAAGCCAAGGAUAAUCCCCGGGAUUGCGCUGGCAGUAUUCCGCAGGCGCAACUCCGGUCGUGCGCGGGGUCUGUACAUAGGUGGAUGGUGUGUGACGGAAGGUAACGGAACAACACCACUCACCGGCGAGACAGGACGGAACCUGAACGAUACUCCUGCAGAUUCCCCCAUAUCACGGUGUCAGCAGUGUGAUCGUCAUCAUCGACCAUGAACACCAAUUCCGCGCGUACUUCGAUAAUACAGUGCACACCUUUGCCAUCUCCGAAACACUCAGACGUAUCUCAACACGUAUGCAAGAAGCAAUCGCUAGGACACAGGGAGGAUCGAGAUCGAGGGCACGAUUGUAUCGAGAAUAUUGUUCGUACGACAGCCAGCAUACAUUAUAUACAAAGAAAAUACCAAUUCUCUUAGCUAUAUCUCUUAGCUUACCUAAUAAUACACACGAAUCGAAUAGACGCUUAAACUGAAGUGCACUAGAUAUAACAAAGCAACAGUAGGAAAAUUAACAGUAACAAUAAUUAUA